AAAGUCCAUAUAGCUUUCACGGAGUACCGUAUAUAGAACUCUCGUCUCACUCCUGCCGCGAUCGCCUCUCUGCUCUUUAUCGCUGUUUAUAUUACGCCUUUGCUUUCUGACUUGCUAAUCAUUUAUUUAUAAUGAUAUCCGGACUAAACAGUCAUUCCUUAAACCUUGAUUACAUGGGACGUGGAUACAGUUCGGACCCCCCAAAAGGAAUGGCUCUAUCGUUGGGCUGGUCUAGGGCCUGCAGUCGCCGCUUAUUAUUUCAGCGCAGGAUAUGCAAUCAGACAUGCAGCACAAAUUCUUGAGCAAAACGUCUUUCAUACCUCUCUUCCUGGCGACAUGGUCCAAUAUUAAUGUUGCGAACCAUCUUCCGACUCGGAAGAGGUUUAUAUCUAAUUCCUGCCCAUUGGAAGCAUUUGGCCCCUCAGAGAGGGUUACGGACAACGCCUCUGCGCCGGCCCCUCCCGGCCGAAGACUAUUCCCAGCCCCAACGGCAGACCCCGCAGGCAAAGUACAUGCACCACUACCAACAGCGAGCGGUAAUGGUCUGGUUCUGCCAGCACUUUUUACCGCUUACUGUGGAGGAGCUGCAGCGGUACAUUGCUAGUCUCAGCAGCGUUCCGAAGGAGCUUCUCCACCAAGAGUGGCUUGCGGUGCUCGUGGCUGUCACCAAGGCCAGGUACAACGACGGCGCUGAGUUGUAUAAGCGGGAUAUGUGGCCGAACUUUGAGCCAAGAAAAGAGAAAUACCGCCACUUUCGCCGCCCGUUGGCGACGCUUACGGCCACUCCUGAUCAGCGAGCACGGGCUCUCAGUCGGCUCUUGGAGGCGGUGCGAGACCCCCAAAUCAGACAGUUUCUUAGCCAAAACAUCCAGUCGUUGAGUGUCCAGGCCACCGACUCUUUCAUAGAGCAAGUAGUACGCCUCAGUCCGGCACAGCUCCGCCAGCUCGACAUCUUUGAUGUAUUUGUGGGCUUCGGAGGCGAUGUUUCCAAAGUGGUGGACCUGAAUAACCCCCACAGAUUCAAGCCAGCGCUCUCUCUUCGUGACUUUCUCUUUUUCGAGCUCGCCAAGGGGUUUUUCCGUGAAUGCGCCGCGUACCGAAUCCCCCAGCCCUUGCUUCUUUCCAUCUUUGAAUUGAUCAAGAUGGAGCCAGACCGCUUGCGGAACGAGUACAUGGGUUAUCUCAUCGGGUACGAGUUUUUAUAUAACGCGUAUCCAGGGGCCGACCGGAAAGUGCAGUUAGAUCCAUAUCACGAAAUGACGUAUGUGUUUCCCGGGAUGCUUAGGCAAGGGCUUCAGGCCAAGGUGAUGGAAUUGUAUGCCUUACACAACGACAAUAACCAUUUACAGUCCUGGAGAGAAUAUGGAGUAAGGUUGCAAUUGAGGUACGGCGUUCCAGCGGCUGCUGAGGCUUUGGUAGAGAGUAUCAUGGCCGAUUUUGGAUGCGUCAGUCCCUCGGUCUCGGCAGAGUUUGUUCAGCACUACUAUUUAGUUGGUGACGGGGAAGGGUGUAAACGGUGGAUGAGCAGAUUCCUCGAAGAAACAAAGCGACGUGGAGUAGAGAACGACGUUUCGGACUACAACAUUGGCAUAAAUGAGCUUCUUGCGCGGAUGGAAUCGCGCGGGGCCACACGAGAGGAUUUUCUUUCUGUUUUGCGGGCAGCCAUGUUUUUCAAACAAACAGACAUGGUGGUGGCCGUCUAUGAAGUUUUGAAAGAGUAUGGAGCGAAGAGUAUCAUGGAGUAUCCAAUUUACGGGAUUAACGACGAGUACAAGCUUGAACUACUCCCGAAGCUUGUGGGUGUAGCGGACGAGGAGACUGGAUUGCUUUUAAAGACAGAAUUAGCCAGAAUCAAGGAGAUCCCUGAUGUUUUGUUAAAACACCUCGCAUUAUAUGAGUCGCUCCUCCACGAUUGCUUCAAAAGUCAACCAGCCCGGUUUGCAAAGUACCUUAUCUUGCAAGAAGAUGUCGAGGAGUUCCACUACUACCCAACUCAGCUUGGGAUAAAACGGACUCAAGGGACUAAACAUACUCAAGAGACUAAACAUACUCAAGGGACUGAACAUACUCAAGGGAUUAAAACCCAAAGGGUUAAAAAUACCUCUCUCCGAUCUUUCCAGUCAAACCUCCUGCCUGAUAGAAGCAUGCUCACGGCUGCCAUCCAACACUAUAUCACUAACGAUAUCUCAAAGGCCAAUGCCAUUCUUUCAACCCUCGAAUUCGCAGCGCUAACAAUUCGCCAACGAGCGCAGAGAUUCGAGAUUCCUCAGGUGCUGAGCGAAGACUAUCUUCCCUUCAUCGCUCAUUACAGUGCUUUGGGUCAGUGGAAGGAUGUCGAUGCAAUCCUAUCUCGAAUGGGCAAAGCCCAAGUGGUCUUCGAUGCCAAGGUGAUGGAAACUGUGUUGCGAGCGUACCAUACCGCAGACGAGCCCGUACAGGGUAUGAGGUUUUGGGACACGUACAAGUUUGUGGGUAUUCCCAGCCCAACUGGAAUGCAACUCCUCGCCCGUUCCCAUGCUUCCUUCUCCCACGUCUGGAGUAUGUCGCGAGACUUGCACCGAUUACGCUCCAAGAAUCAGCUUUCGUUGGUGCCGGAUUUGAGCCGGAAGCAAGACAUCCUCAACUUCUUGAGCGAACAGCGGAGCCCAGAGGAGAUUGCAAAGGAAGGGAACCGCGGGAUCCACGGUCUUUCCGUGAGGGACCUCUUUGCUCAACAGACAAAGACCUUAAACGUCAAUGAAACCCCAUCGCAAUCGUUGUACAAGAAGAUUCUCCAGGCAUGUUUGUGGAGCCGGGAUUACGUGGGAACCAUCGCCAUUAUGCAGUUUAUGCACCAUUACUACGGUAUGAAUCCGGAAGGCGGGAGGUGGUUCAAGCGCAUUAUCCGCGAGACGAGAGCGGACGCGGCAGUGUCCGGGAGAAGAAUGACUAUCGCCACAGGCUUUAAGGAGCUUAAGUUUGAGGCAUUACAGGCAAGAGAGGGCGUAAACGAGACGUGGAAUCAGCUAGCAUAUUUGUUGCUAGAUGAAUUGGCGUUUGAAGGAGUCCCUUCAGAGGAGAUCAACGCGGAGUUGAGUGCGGUUCAGAAAUGGUUAAGACUUCCGGUGAGAAGCGUGGAGGAGCUUUAAAUGUACGAAUAAAGGAAACUUCAACAUAUCAGCACUGUUACAGGUUCUCCAACGAUAGUUUGUUUGCCGCAAUCAUCGAAAGAUAAAAGGGCUGGCAUCCAAUAGUUAGGUCAACGGCAUACGACGCGCAUAAGACUUUCCAUAACAUUUUGCAUUCAUAUAGCUGGGCACUAUGUCUCUCACCCCCAACAAUUUUUCAGCAA